GGCAGACGCUAUGUAAGGAGCUGAAAGACGCGCCGCUAGUAGUUAUUCAAUUGAACACAGAAGAUAGUACUUUACUUUAACUGACUAUAAAGUAAUAUAAAGCCUUCCAACAAGUUUGAAACCUCAAUAAUGAAAGUUUGGCUGAAUAUAUUUCUCCUUGUUGGUGUUGCUUACGCACAGCAAAGAACAGAUUCUCAGGGUAACAAGGAUUAUUACGACUAUUACGAUUAUGAUGACAACAAACAGCCCAACCCAAACCCAGCCGACCCUCAGUCACCGAGGGCUCCCGAUACUGUUCAAUCACCUCCAAGAUACCAGCCGCCGACUUCUCGUCCAAUACAACCUGCGCCUGUUCCUGUUCAACCAGCCCAACCUGCCAGGAGGGUGAAUCGUCCGCGCCAAAGAAACCGUGGCCCGUCAAUUAUUCAGACAAGUGAAGUUUUCAACUGCCCUGAACCAUUUGGGUUUUUCCCCCAUGCGAGAAACUGUGACCGAUAUUGGGCUUGUGAAAAUGGCACAUCUACACUGAAGUUAUGCGGAAACGGCUUAGUAUUUGACGACACCGACGGGCUACGAGAAAACUGUGCUUAUCCUUUUAGUGUAGACUGUGGGGAUAGGACAGAAUUAGAACCACCCAUCAGCACUCCAAAUUGUCCGCGUCUGUAUGGUAUCUUCGAUGACACUUCCAACUGCCGAGUGUUCUACUCCUGUUGGAAUGGAGACGCUGCCAGAUUCGAGUGCCCCCCAGGUCUGGCAUAUGAUCAUGAACAGAGGGUCUGUGUGUGGGCUGAUCUCGUUAGCCGCUGCAACCAGCUGGAAAUUGCUGAAGGGUUUGUUUGCCCCGAUCCGGCCGAUAUAUCCAAUCAACCAGGAAUCUUUACACGUCAUGCACAUCCCACAGACUGCAGAAAGUUUUAUGUCUGCAUUGAAGGGACGGCUCGUCCUUAUGGAUGCCAAAUAGGAACAGUUUUCAAAGCAGACACGUUACAAUGUGACGAUCCAGAAAACGUACCAGGCUGUGAAAACUACUAUGCAGAUUUGGAUAUUGACACGAAGACAUUAGCUAAGCUUCAAGGAUGAGAAAGAAUCGCACGACAAUGAACAGUACAUAAUUCAUUUGGCUGUAUAAUUAUCUAUUUAGUAACACAAGAUCAAACAUCAUGUAAACAACACUACUGUUCUCUCGUUUUCCAUGAAAAAAUGAUUCUUGCUUUUUUUUUUCCUUCUGUAAUUAUAGGCCAGUACAAAGCUCCUCUAACAGGGCCACAUAAGCUUAGAGGACAAUGAUGGCUAAAGUUCACAUUGUAUUAAUUGUAAUACGUAAGAUAAAACAUCAGUUUAGUUUUAUUUAACCAAUAAUUCUUUGCAUAAAAUUAUUGAUUAUGAUUUGAAAAAUAUUCUAAUUGACAGGAAGAACUAGUUUUUGCAAUUUAUUUUAAUUAAAAUCAUUCAGACCUCUAUAGCAAUGUGCAGCACAUUGUAAUUCUUGUACAAAUAGGAAAUGCAAAAGUAUGAAAUAGUAACGGUUGAUAAGAACACAAUUCUUAUUGCCUUCUUUCAAGAUACUGAUGCAUAACUUAAGUAAAUUUAGAAAGGCACAUCAAAUAUAAACUUUCUUCUUUGUUUUUCACAUCUGUGAUUUCAAUUUCUCAGUAUUUACAUGAUUUCAGUAUUAGUUACUUGCCAAGACUGAAUUGGGGUUUGGGGUAAGCAUUAUAUUUAAAUUUUUGUUUUUAUGCUUAUGCAUUAAAUGUAACCAAUAAUCUCAAAUGUGUUAUCACAACAGCUUUUAUAUGAUCUGUAUUAUUUUUACAUGUAUACGUGGUCUACAGAAAAUGAAGUGUGUAACACAAGAAGAAGUGUUGUAUAUAAUGAAGUGAGCUUUUCUAUCUUA